AUGGAUAAGGAACUGGAUACAGGAGAUAACCAAGAAACAACCAAACUCAGAGAGCACCAAGGCUCCCAGAGUAAGUCAACCAUUUGUGUUGUGUUGCUUUUAGCUGUUCAUCACACUUGUGAAGCCUCCAGUUUCCGCUGUCAAAAUGGGCACUGCAUCCCCCAAAGAUGGGCUUGUGACGGAGAUAUGGAUUGUCAAGAUGGAACGGACGAAGACCCCGUCAGUUGUGAGAAGAAAUGCAACGGUUUUCAGUGCUCAACGGGGGUGUGCAUCCCUUCUAGCAAGCGGUGCAAUGGGGCACGGGACUGUUCGGAUGGCUCAGAUGAACAACACUGUGAAUCCCUCUGUACACGCUACAUGGAUUUCAUGUGCAAGAACCGGCAACAGUGCCUGCUGCGCUCCAUGGUAUGUGACGGCACCGUGCAUUGCCGCGAUGGCUCGGAUGAAGAUCCCGCCUAUGCCGGGUGUUCCCAGGAUCCAGAGUUCCAUCGCACUUGUGACCAGUUCAGCUUCCAGUGUCAGAACGGCGUGUGUGUCAGCUUGGUGUGGAAAUGUGACGGCACCGAUGAUUGUGGAGAUUACUCGGACGAGGCAAACUGUGAAAACCCAACUGAAGCCCCCAGCUGUUCUCGGUACUUCCAGUUCCAGUGUGACAAUGGCCACUGCAUCCCCAACCGAUGGAAGUGUGAUCAAGAAAACGACUGUGGCGAUUGGUCGGAUGAGAAGUCGUGUGGGGGCUCUGCAGUCAUCGCCAUCACCACGGCAACUCCUGCCACGUGUGCCCCAAAUCACUUCCGGUGUAAUAGCGGGACGUGUAUCAUGAACAGCUGGGUUUGCGAUGGAUACCGAGAUUGUGCUGAUGGAUCCGAUGAGGAGGCCUGCCCCACUGCACCUGUCGGUGCCAGUUCCACGUCUGCCAGUGUCCAUGGACGUUGCAGCCGCUUUGAAUUUGAGUGCCAGCAGACCAAGAAGUGUGUCCCAAAUUGGAAACGCUGCGAUGGCUUGAAAGAUUGUCAAGACGGCACGGAUGAACUCAACUGCCCGACUCACAGCACCUUGUUAUGCCCUAGUGGAUUCAGAUGUGAAGAUGGGGAGGCCUGCAUCAUGAAGAUGGAACGAUGUGACGGUUUUCUGGAUUGUCCAGAUAGCAGCGAUGAAAAGAACUGUACUGAUGAUACUCUUGUCUAUAAGGUUCAGAACCUUCAGUGGACAGCUGACUUUUUAGGCAACAUCACUUUAUCCUGGGCUCAGCCGAAGAAGAUGCCUCUCUCUUCCUGUGUCUACAAUAUCUACUACAGGAUGGUGGGAGAAAGCAUGUGGAAAUCGGUGGAAACCCACAGUAGCAAAACCAACACCAUCUUGAAAGUACUGAAGCCAGAUUGCACCUAUCAAGUCAAGGUCCAGGUCCAGUGCCUGAGCAAAGUAUACAACACCAACGAUUUCAUAGUCUUACGGACCCCUGAAGGACUUCCAGAUCCCCCCUGCCAUCUUCAACUGCAGCUGAAGAAAGAAGCUGAAGGCAUUGUGGUUUGCCAAUGGGCCCCUCCCGCAAAUGCCCAUGGUCUAAUCAGAGAAUAUGUUGUGGAAUACAGCAGAGCUGGAUCAAAGGAGUGGUCUUCUGUGAGGGCUCCCACCAACUAUUCAGAAGUUGAGAUGUUGCAAGUCAACGCCUUAUACGUUUUCAGAGUUGCUGCAGUAACGAGCCGUGGCGUGGGCAACUGGAGCGAUUCCAAAUCCAUACGAACUAUAAAAGGCAAAGUGAUUCCUCCUCCAACGAUCCACAUCGAUAAUUACGAUGAAAACUCCAUAAGCUUCACCCUCAGACUAGACGCCAAUAUUCAGGUGAACGGUUACGUCGUGAAAAUUUUCUGGACUUUUGACACCCACCGACAAGAAAAAAGAUCAUUCUUUAUAGAUGGAGGGAAGUCGGCCCAAACAGUGAGGAACCUGACUGCUCAGACACCGUAUGAAAUUUCUGCCUGGGCUAAGACGGAACUGGGGGACAGCCCGCUCUCUUUCGCACACGUGGUGACCCGCGGCACAAGGCCCUUCCCCCCCAGCCUGAAGGCCAAAGCGGUCAACCAGACGGCCGUUGAAUGCAACUGGAGCGGGCCAAGGAAUGUGAUAUAUGGCAUAUUUUAUGCCACGUCUUUCCUGGAACUCUACCGGAAUCCUAGCAAUGCAACCACAGCUCUCCACAACAUGACUGUGAUUGUUAACAGAGAUGAGCAGUAUCUAUUCCUGGUGCGAGUUAUUUCUCCCUACCAAGGACCACCUUCAGAUUACAUUGUUGUGAAGAUGAUUCCUGACAAUCGCCUUCCCCCUCGGCACCUUCACGCUGUCCACCUAUCAAAAACAUUUGCCAUCAUUAAAUGGGAGUCACCUUACGAUUCCCCAGACCAAGAUAUGCUGUAUGCAGUAGCUGUGAAAGAUUUAAUAAGAAAGACAGAUCGGAGCUAUAAGGUGAAGACCCGAAACAGCACGGUGGAAUAUACUAUCAAAAAACUGGAUCCUGGUGGAAGAUACCACAUUGUUAUACAGCUAGGAAACAUGAGCAAGGAAGCUAAUUUGAAAAUCAACACAGUUUCCUUGGCUGCGCCUGACGCUUUAAAGAUUAUCCCAGAAAAUGACCACAUCUUGUUGUUUUGGAAGAGUUUAGCCUUAAAAGAAAGCCAAUUUAAUGAAAGCCGGGGAUAUGAGGUGCAUAUGUUUGACAGUGGGACCAAUACCACAUCGUACCUGGGGAAUACUACAGAGAACGUCUUCAAGGUUUCCCACCUGAAGGCCGGCCACAAUUACUCCUUCACGGUGCAAGCAAGAUGUCUCUAUGUUGGGCAGAUGUGUGGAGAGCCUGCAACUCUUCUCUUCAGUGAGAUGGGAAGAGAUAGAGAGGCCACUGCAUCCAUAUUGGGCAAAUCAAAGGAUGUUGCUGCCAUCGUGGUACCAGUCUUAUUUCUUCUACUAGUGAUGGUGGGCGUUGGGUUUGUGGUCCUGUACAUGAGGCAUCGAAGACUUCAAAAUAGCUUCACAGCCUUUGCCAACAGUCACUACAGCUCCCGACUAGGCUCUGCCGUUUUCUCCUCUGGAGAUGAUUUAGGAGAUGAAGACGACGAAGCCGCGAUGAUUACGGGUUUUUCAGACGACGUCCCCAUGGUAAUAGCAUGAAGAAGGCUUCUGAUUCCGGAAAGCAAAAACAAACAAACAUAAAGUGGUGUAAAUAUUUUAUUUGAUAAAGAAAAAAAAAAGUCAACUGUUUAUUUUAAAAAAAAAAACAAAACUAAAAAGCACUUUUGAGUUGCAAUACAUUAUUUUUGUAUCGGCUGCAAAAAAAAAAGAAAACUAAAAAGAAGUAACGAUUACACUUUGUAGCACACUGCUGUGAAAUUUCAAAUCAGGUUGAUUAGCGAGCGUUUUCUGUGGUUGGGGUUUCUUUCCUUCUUCUUCUUCUUUUCCAAACUUCACUUUAGUCUUAUGCCUCCUGGGCACACCUUUUGAUUCGGUGAGGUCUUUCCCAUUGGCAAUGACUUUGAUCCUCUGAGAACCUGUGAAUAGUUGGGAAUCUUGGGACAGUUUGGCUCUGAAGAAGUCAGAUGGAAACCAAAGGAUAGUAGCUUGUCCUUAAGAGAGUCCUUCUUUGCAAUGUGAGCUAAUGAAAUGGUAUUGCCAGGUUCUUCGUUGCCCUGUGUUCCACAGAUCACUGAGUAUGCUGGGCAUUGCAUGAGACAGAAAUAUUUCCAAUUUCAUUUGUUUUUUUCCUGGGUUAGACCCCUGCAGGCAUUUCCCCACCUUUUGAUAUGAAGUAAUGAGUCACACAAGAGACUGGACAUUGUUGAAUUGUUGUCCAUGGCAGCCAUAGGAUGCCAGCCCCUUAUUUCUAGUUUGACCUCUGCAAGUUGACUUAGAUAUUAUUCAGAGAUUUGUAGUAAUCUUGUGGGGAGAACACUGAUCUUCUUCUUCUAAUGAUUUGGAUUCUCACUUUUUGGAAGCAGACAUCUCUAGUUUUGGCUCACUUGAACACCAAGCGUAGGUAAGAUUCCUAAAGAAGUAAAAGGAGGAGAAAAGCACUCCGAAGAUGUGCUGAAACCUUGCUGCUACAAACCCCUGAGGUUUUCAGGGAUAUUGGCUUAAAAUCUAUACCCCAGAGUUAUGAAUUUACUUUAAAAUGACCUCGUUCUCUCAGGAUCAAUCUCAACCAUCUUCAGGUUUUCUUUCUCUGAGUGUUUAUUUUUCCUAAGCAAAAAAAAAAAAAAAAAGUUAUUUUAAAAAAAUGUUUAGGAAAUCUAUAAUUUUAUCUAUAUCUGUCUAUAAAGAGAGAAGGAAUAGUUCCUAAAGAUUUUACAUUGACUGAAAGAUAAAAAAAAUAUUUGUAUUAUGUUUUAUAGGAGGGGUGGGGUUUUGUUUCUGGGUUUUGUUUUUUUUAAUUUUUGGUCGGUUCAAUUAAUUUAUUAGGAAAUCUGCUUUUGAUCAGAGUUCCAAAUUCUCAGCCAUGCACAUGAUUGUUGGUUAGCAACACGACACUUUAAUCUAUUUUUGCAAAACGCUGGAUUGUUCUGUUUGUUUUCUGUCUCCUGUAGUUGCAUCAGGCAUGAUUGCCUCAGUAAAACACAAUCACAACCUUUUUUUGAAAAAAAAAAAUCUCUGAAUACUUUUUCAUGCUUUGUGAGAAAGUAAAAAGGUCAGGCGGGUAGAAUGAAAAUCUUACGAAGUUGUCACACUGAGGGCUUAAAUGCUUUCUGCAGAUUACUUUGCACGUGUUCGUAGAUGCAAAAACAAACAAAAGGUUCAACAAGU